CCGGGCCGGGCCGGGCCGGGCAAGGGGGAGGGGCGCACAGCGCAGCACACCUCGCCCCAGCACCAGCAGCAGCAGCCCCAGCCCCAGCAGCCCCAGCCCCAGCAGCAGGAGCGGAAGCAGGAUCAACCCUAGGAGCAGCCGCAGCCGGCGGAGCAAUGCAGCCACAGCUGGUCCAGCAGCAGGAGCAGUAGCGCAGCAGGACCUGCUCUGCUCCCGCAGCAGCAGGAGCAGGAGCAGCAGGAGCAGGAGCGGUCAUUCGUUCCUUCCUUCAGCCGUAUUUAUUGAGCGCUUGCUGUGUGCACACACCAUCUGUGCACGGUCGCUGCAGCCGCGGCCGCCUCCAGCAGCGACUGCAGGGGAGGCGGCGGGGACUCCUCUGUCCUCUGUCCCCUGUCCCCUGUCCCCUGCCGGUCUGCCCAGCCCUCGGCGGCCGGGUGGGCGGGGGUCCCCUCUGAUUUCCUCCCCUCCCCCCCGGGAGACCCCGGAGACCGAUUUCCCCGGAGCGUCAGGAGGGGACAGGAUGCUUUGAAGAGAGACUCGACUGAGGUCACAGGCGAGAGCGCUGACUGCCCACCGCCCGCAGAAUGAGCGGAGAAGACCCGGGCCCCGAGGAGGCCUCGUCCCCGCCCCCACCGCCCCCGGCGGGGCACCGCCCCUUGGACCACCGGUUCUCGGAGGAUGCCCGCGACUACCUGCGGCUGCGCAACACGGCGGCCGGCCUGCGCCAGGACUUCAACAUGAUGGAGCAGAAGAAGCGCGUGACCAUGGUCCUGCAGAGUCCGUCUUUCAGGGAGGAGCUGGAGAGCCUGAUCCAGGAGCAGACGAAGAAAGGGAGGUCAUCCCACAUCUGGGCCCUGCGACAGAUCGCCGACUUCAUGGCCACCUCCGCGCCCGCCGUCUUUCCCACCACCCCUGUCGGCCCCUCGACGGUGGCGCCCAUCAACGACCUGCAGGGCUCCGACGCGCCGGCCCUGGCCAAGGGCGAGCGGCUGCUGCGCUGCAAGCUGGCCGGCCUCCACCGCCUCCUCGACCUCCACGGCUGGGCGGCGCUCGGACACGCCUACGUCACGCUGAGGGUCAACAAGGAGCAGGGACAUUUCCUCGUCCGGCCCCAAGGCCUGGCCUGCGCAAGAGUCACCGCCGCCGCCCUGGUGAAGGUGAACAUCGUGGGUGAGGUGGUGGACCGGCAGCGGCGACAGCGGCGGUGCCCCGUGGACUCGGUGGACUUCCGCCUGCACGCCGCCAUCUACGCUGCCAGACCCGAUGUACGCUGCGUCAUCCACCUGCACACGCCCGCCACCGCCGCGGUGUCUGCCAUGAAGUGCGGGUUGCUGGCCGCCUCCCAUGAUGCCCUGCUGGUGGGAGACGCCGUCUACUACGACUUCAACGGCGAGAUGGAAGACGAGGCCGACCGCGUCAACCUGCAGAAGUGCCUUGGCCCCACCUGCAAGAUGGUGGUGCUGCGGAACCACGGGAUACUGGCGCUGGGGGCCACGGUGGAGGAAGCCUUCUACAACAUCUUCCACGCGCAGGCCGCCUGCGAGAUCCAGGUCGCAGCGCUGCCCAGCGCGGGGGGUGCGGACAACCUGAUCGUGCUGGAGCGGGAGCGGUUCCGGCCCCAGCAGGCGGGGGCCGGGCGCUGGGCCGGGACCACCUGCCCCAUGCAGAAGAGCCGGCUCGGGGAGCACGAGUUCGAGGCCCUCAUGAGGAUGCUCGACAACCUGGGCUUCCGGACGGGCUACUCGUACCGGUACCCGUUCGUGCAGGGACAGGCCCGGCCCGGGGCCGACGUGGAGAUCCCGGCGGCCGUCACGGCCUUCCUGUUCGAGGAGGAGGAGGAGGGGGCGUCCGGGGCCGGGGCGGCCCGCUGCUGCCGCCCCACGCCCACAAGCCAGCAGAAGGAGAAGACCCGCUGGCUCAACACCCCCAACACCUACCUGAGGGUCAACCGCCAGGCCGAGGCCCAGCGCGGCACGGGCAGCCCCCGGGCCCAAAACCGCCUGGUUGAAGCCGAGGAGGCGGACCGAGCCGGCAGCGGGACGCCCAUCCGCAUCGAAAACCCCAACCAAUUUGUGCCUCUUUACACGGACCCGCAGGAAGUCCUCGAAAUGCGGAACAAGAUCCGGGAGCAGAACCGGCAGGAGGUGAAGUCGGCCGGGCCUCAGUCCCAGCUCCUGGCCAGCGUCAUCUCCGACGACAGCCGGAGCCCGUCGGUGGAAGGCCAGCUGGCCUCCCGGGGCCAGGCCGACAGCGGAGAGGCCCACCCGGAGGAGGCGGAGGCGGAGGCGGAGCCCCCCAACCCCUUCAGCCAGCUGACGGACCAGGAGCUGGAGGACUAUCGGCGGGAGGUGGAGAGCAAGAAGCUGGACAGGGGUCAGGGUGAGAAGGAAGCGCCAGCGGAGGAACCUCCCCGGCGGAAAAGUCCGGCUCGGCUUCCCCGGCCCAGAGUCCCUCCCCGGCACCGGACGUCCGGAGCCCCUCGGAGUCCCCAUCCAAGAUGGCUGACGGCGCUUUGCUCCGAUUCUGACCGCUUGUCCCCGUAAUGCCGCCGAGGAGAGCGAUUGGGACCGGGCGGCCCCGCCGG